GUCAAACAGAAGCACCACGUAAACUCCACAAAGUAUAAUUCUAUGAGGUAGCACAUUUUACAAAUCUUUCAGAAUCGAAACUUUUUAUUUAAACAAUAAGAAAACUUCAAUUCAAAGAAGUGUAUGGGGCUGUUGUGCGCGGCGCUCAUCUUUUGCGCAGCUCUGUCAGAGACUAUUGGAUUAGUAAUUGCGGCUAAAGAGAAGCGAGGCUGGACUCUGAACAGCGCUGGUUACCUCCUCGGACCCCGUCGUAUUGAUCACCUAAUACAGAUAAAGGAUUCUCCCAGUGCGAGGGGCAGGGAGGAGCGGCUGGGUCAAUAUGGCAUAGACAGCCACAGGACCCUUAGUGACCGCCAUGGCCUGGCAGGGAAGAGAGACAUGCCUGUAGAUGAGGACUUCAAAACAGGUACCCUAAGACUAGCGGACGAGGAUGUAAUACACACCGUCAUUGACUUCUUAUCAUACCUGAAACUUAAAGAACUCGGUGCCCUGGACACCCUGCCUUCCUCUCUUGCCUCAGAGGAGAUGGUGGAGCCUUAGCUUGGUGACUCCACCCCUCAAAUCUCUUCUGCAGUUCUCUCCCUCGUUACCCACCCCCCUUCCUCAGCCCAGUGCCACACCCCCACCUUUAUCUCUCUGAUGUGUACCGAAGAAUGACUGAUCAACAUGUGGGAGAUAGGAAUAGAUAAAACUUUUGAAUGGCAUU